AUGUUUCAGUGGAACAAGGAAACCGAUUUCACGACCAUUAAUGCUCUUCAUAAUGACCUGAGCAAUCUGCCUUCCAGGGUGCGUAUUGAUCCUCGAUCGACUAGAGGGUCUUUAUCUACUGUAGAUCGUUCCCAUACAGACACCGAGGCUGGAAAGGACUUCUUCGAACUAAAGGAUUACUCCAUAUUCGAUCUUAUGGGAACAGUGUUGCAGCCGAACCUGGAGCCACAUUAUGACCAUAUCACGCCAUACCUGGGAAAAAUUAACCAGCAGUUCAGGGAGGUAGAGAUCGUGGCAGUGACUGAAACUUUCGCCUAUAUCACCGCCGUGCAAAGAGUUGAUGGCACUGCUGCUGACGGCUCGCUAUAUGACAUGUCAUACAGGUUGACAUCUUUGGUUCGAAAGAUGCCCAGCCAACGCAUAGAUACACUAGCGAAACGCUUCAUUGGCAACCCAGUUUCUUCACAACGAAAGUGGUAG